AUGAUUUUGUCGCCUGCUGAAAGAUCAUAUCUCCACGAUUCGCUUACUGCUAGUCCAGUGAUUCGGCCUGAUGGCCGCAAGCAUUUUCAAUUUCGACCUGUGGAAGCAAAGAUCGACUUCUUGCCUGGUUCCAACGGCUCAUCUAGGAUACGAAUGACUGAUGGAAGUGAAUGCAUCGUUAGCGUAAAAGCAAAAGUAGUGUUGAUUGCCAAGGAAGACAAUUUGGUCGAGUGCGACGUCGACUUGGCCGGUUUCAGAGACGACUCCAAUUUCGUGUCAAACUUGAAGUUUAAUUUAACUGACUUAUUCACGAAGAAUUUCCCCACCCAGAAAUUACAUCUUACGUCCAAAUAUGCAUACAAGCUCUUCAUCGACUGUGUCGUUGUUAGUCACCUGUCUUACCCAUUGACGCUCAUCACAUUCUCUGCAUACUUGGCUCUCAAGGCCACUAGAUUACCUUUACUAACCAGUGAGAUCGAUGACUCCGAAAUUGAAGAGCAGCCGACUUUUUCGGAUGACUGGGAAAGGGCUCAGUCUUUAGCUGAGAUAUUUGGUAUGCCCGACUUUCAGCCUCCCCUUGUCGUCACAGUGGGUGUCAUUGGCAAUAAUCUCAUUGUGGACCCAUCAGAAACCGAAGAGCAGGUGCUUGAAAAUGGGUUGCUUCUUGGGUGGUAUAAUGGUAAAGUUAUAUCUCCCAUUUCAAAUUUGAAUCUAGCCACGAGCUCUAAUAACGUGAACUUUAGAGGUAUCAACCUGUCUUUACUUGUAAGAACAAUCUCGCUUUUAGGCUCGCAUUGCUCUUCGCUCAUUGACGCAUUUGAUAAACUUGUGGAAGAUGAUCUGGCCGAUAACGAUGGGUCAAUCUUUUAG